AUGUCGCAAACCGCAACGCAAAACGGCGCACAGGCUGCGCUUUCUACUACUACUACCAUGCAGCGCGAGACUACGAAACAAUCAGUUGCCCCCAAAGAAAGCCCUUCGUCCCAGAAUGACCCUGACGGGCAGCCGUCUCUCCCUGGUCACCAAAGGCUCGUCUUCACCGAUCCUGUCGCGCUCCGAUACCUUGAAGAAGACCCUUCGACGAUUGUGCUGCAUCGACGUUUGGUUCUCCAGGGCUAUGAGAUAUACAUUGUUGAGCAAUGGGCAUGUUCGAGGAUUCAUCCUACUUUUAUAAUUACGACUUAUACGGGAGAGCCUUCACACAAAGUGGUAGCGGGACUGCUAAGCGUUCCUACAGAUGAAUCCACUUGGUCUCCCCGUUUGAAACUAUAUUUCGAUGCAGUUACAGGAUGUGAAGCACGCAGGAAAGAGACAUCGUUUGGAACUCUGUUCAUAACUGAUUUGAGCACAUUUCCUUCGGCUCUUACUGUCAUCCCGGUGCCUGAAGGUGAUAUCUAUAAACACAAGGAUGAUUUUAUUGUGAACGAAAAUUUGAAACGGCUGAACUGUUCGGGCCGAGCGGGCUUAAAAUUACAACCACCAACGGCCGCAACUGAAGCCAAGUUCUACCAUCUCUACCGGACCAGUGAGAGAGUCCCGCUUUAUUUGGCCGUUGUAGAGCUUGUGAAGCAGUGUCAGAUUGCCUUGAUGAUGUUUGGCAUUCUGGCUCCGGAGUAUGUCGAUGGAAUCUUAUGUGAUGUGACAGAAGCAGCAAUUGGCGACUGGUGGACGGACAUUGGCAUGGAUCUAUACAAUAUUGAACCCAGCGAUGGUGUUUUGGGACCAACUACCGUAGCCGCGCUGCUAGGGACGCUGAUGGGGGCUCGAAACCGGCUUCACGCUUUUGGUGCUCCAGUUGGCAAAGAUGCCUUUGAUAUCUCUAACUUAAAAAGAGGAAUCAGUAGCUUCCAGAAAUCCCAAAAGCUGAAGCGGACUCGGAGGUUGGACCGUCAAACAUUGGACCGACUUCAUCGGGUCACUGCAAAGGCCGCAAAUGCGGAGGGCUGGACCGAUGCUGUGAAGUCAACUAUGGCUGAGUUGAGUGGCCAUGGAGGCGAGAUGGUCAUGGGUAUGGUGCGGGGUCGGGAAAAGGGCGGCAUCGCUGAUAUUGAAACCCUAGAUGUUGACAACUUCGCACAGUUAGUCACGGGUGAAAGAGCAAAGUGGCUUUGGAGAGGAAAACCACGCAAGGGCGGUGUUGGAGAUGGCUUUGCUGGAGGACAUCCAGGUGUAGACAUGAUGUUUACUACCGAUGAUCAGGGUGGAUACCUAUGGACCAGUCGCAAACGAAGUUCCCACGAUGAUUUGGUCGCCGAACGGUCUUAUCAGGGGUCGGAACGUCCAGGAAGACCUCUCGAGCUAGUUAACACCGCUGAUGAUAAAGAUCAGAAUAUAGGCAGGUUGGUACGACGAGGCGUCAGUGGAAAAGUGUCAGAUGCGCGGGCUGGGUUUGGCAGGUUUAAGGAUGGCCUACGGUCACACCUCCCGAAGACAAAGGAUGAUGCGAAUCUCGUUAGUGACGCAGCUUGUAUUCCUCCAUUAGAGAGCGACACUGAGAUGGUCCUUUCAAAGAUCACUUCUGAUGGUGGUCGACAACCCGAACCUGAGAGCGUUCCUGACAACGAGAUGCCAACCCAGCCUCACGAACUGAACACCGAAACACCGCUUAAUAAUUUUGUGCCAAAGUCAUCCGAUGUCAAACUCCCAGCUAUAACAAUUGAACCUGUAACGUCAAACGAGCCCUCCGAUAGCUCCCAGAAGGUGUCUUUAGCUCGGGAAGAUGAGGAGUCGCAAGAUCUGGAGCGGUGGAAGACGCGAUCAACCUACGCAGCCGCAGAAGAUCAGACGUCAGAGUUUGGCAUCAUGUCAUUGCGCCGGCCGCAGAGCAGUGCUGAACUUUAUCGUGCAGACGACACUGAACAUUUGGAUAAUUACUGGCCGCGACAUCUGUCGUUCAGUACUGUCGAAGAAGUUGUGCUGGGAUGGGAAGAAUUGAAGGGGAUGGCUGAAGGCUCUGAAAACCCCGACGCCACCCUGGAAGAAGCUAUUGCCGAAGAGGAUGUGCUACUGUCUGACGCGCGAAUAUUCAGCUCCAGAGUUCAAGGCUUGAGCGAGAGCACUGUUCCUUGGGUUGAAAAGCAAGUGGGUUCAGUGGACGACCUGAACCGAGUCCUUUACGAAAUGCAUGAAAGGGUCAACACAACCUAUAUGGAGAAGCUCUGCCAAUACCAAGGGAUUCGAGAGCGAUCAUGCGAUCUACUGUCUGAAGAACACUCCUCACUCACGGACCACAUGAGGCGGGUCGAGAUGAUGAGCGCAAAACUAGAUUACGAGCUUAAUGUCCUAGGGUCCAAGGUUGAGGAAGUCGAGACUGGGCUAGGUGAGUUCGAGAGACACAUUGAGGAGAUAGAAACAAGGGUUAAGACGCUGGUCCGUGGGGAAGAAGAAAAGCAGAACUGUUCCUGGCUUUCACGGUUAGGAAGAUUCACUGGGUUCUCUUUGUAA